AUGGAGGGGCAGAGCGGCCGCUGCAAGAUCGUGGUGGUGGGGGACGCGGAGUGCGGCAAGACGGCUCUGCUGCAGGUGUUCGCCAAGGACGCCUACCCCGGGAGUUAUGUCCCCACCGUGUUUGAGAACUACACCGCGAGCUUUGAGAUCGACAAGCGCCGCAUUGAGCUCAACAUGUGGGACACUUCAGGUUCCUCUUAUUAUGAUAACGUCCGGCCUCUGGCCUAUCCUGACUCAGACGCUGUGCUCAUCUGCUUCGACAUUAGCCGACCGGAAACACUGGACAGUGUCCUCAAGAAGUGGCAAGGGGAGACUCAAGAGUUUUGCCCCAAUGCCAAGGUUGUGCUGGUUGGCUGUAAACUGGACAUGCGGACUGACCUGGCCACACUGAGGGAGCUGUCCAAGCAGAGGCUUAUCCCUGUUACACAUGAGCAGGGCACCGUGCUGGCCAAGCAGGUGGGGGCUGUGUCCUAUGUAGAGUGCUCUUCCCGGUCCUCUGAGCGCAGCGUCAGAGAUGUCUUCCACGUGGCCACCGUGGCCUCCCUCGGCCGUGGCCACAGGCAGCUGCGCCGUACUGACUCACGCCGGGGACUACAGCGAUCUGCUCAGCUGGCAGGACGGCCAGACCGGGGGAAUGGGAAUGGGAACGGAAAUGAGGGCGAGAUACACAAGGAUAGAGCCAAGAGCUGCAACCUCAUGUGA